UCCGAAGACUUACCAGUUUGCGCGACUGCGAGUCGUCUUCUUCGUCAAGCGAGCGCAGCAGGGGAGAGAAGAGAAGGUGCAGCGUCCAAUGGCGAUUCCGCUGCGGCUUCGAGCCGCCGUCUCCAUCUCGAUCUUCGCUCUCCUCUUGAUCCUGCCCUCCUGUUCUGCGCAGGACAUCCAGGUCGUCAAUGCCGAACGCAGGAUUGACCUGACUUCUCACAUCAUUAAGGUUUUCCUGACUUUGAAGGUUGAAAAUACUGGGGCUUCUCCUGCUUCAGAAAUUCUGCUUGCUUUUCCACCGACACAGGUUGAUCAUCUAGCAGUUGUGAAGGCACAAGUGGCAACAGGAAAACGGAAGAAGAAAACCUAUACCCCUCUAGAUGUAAAUCCAAAAGAGUUACCUGAUGCACCCAAUGGAACUAAGUACUUAUCUAUAUCCCUGCUAAAUCCAUUGGCCGCUGGUGAAGCUGUCACAUUGGAGGUACUCUGUAUACUAACACAUUCUCUGGAACCCUUUCCCGUGGAGAUAAGUCAGUCAGAGUCACAGCUGGUCUACUACCAUGACAGUGCCCUAAUAUUGUCGCCAUAUCAUAUCAAGCAGCAGAUAACAUUUAUUAAGACACCAACUACAAAAGUGGAGUCUUUCACUGUAGUAGACCCUACUCAUCGUGCUGGUACUGAACUGAAAUAUGGGCCUUACAAUGACCGUCCUCCGCAUUCAUAUUCACCAGUGAUUGUGCACUUGGAAAAUAAUAGUCCCUUCGCUGUUGUUGAGGAGCUUGUACGGGAGGUGGAAAUAUCUCAUUGGGGAAGCCUUCAGAUCACUGAGCAAUAUAAGUUGGCUCACGCUGGUGCUCGCCACAAAGGUGUCUUUUCAAGGGUUGAAUAUCAAUCUAGGCCAGGUCACAGUGGUGUCUCUUCGUUCAGACAUCUUCUAGCUAGACUCCCACCUAGAGUGCACUCCGUAUACUAUCGUGAUGAAAUAGGGAACAUUUCAUCAUCACGCCUACGUUUGGGUGCUCUAAAGUCUGAACUAGAAAUUGAGCCUCGUUAUCCUUUGUUUGGAGGUUGGAAAGCAACUUUUGUUAUUGGGUAUGGUCUGCCACUGGAAGAUUUCCUUUUUGAGUCUCCUGAUGGCAAGCGUUACCUCAAUUUCAGUUAUGGAUGUCCUCUAGUGGAGACAGUGGUGGACAAGUUAACUAUUAAAGUUGUGCUGCCUGAGGGAUCAAAAGAGCCAUCUGCUGUCGUACCUUUUCCUGUGAAUCAAUAUCUGGAGAAAAAAUAUUCAUACCUCGAUGUUGUUGGAAGGACAGUGGUAGUUCUGGAGAAGAAUAAUGUUGUCCCUGAGCAUAACAUUCCCUUCCAGGUUUACUACCACUUCAACCCGAUCUUCAUGCUUGCGGAGCCAUUAAUGUUGACAUCCGUAUUCUUCUUACUCUUCGUGACUUGCGUAGCUUACCUACACAUCGAUCUGUCUUUGCGCAAAUGAUCAGCGUUUUGGCAUAGGCUCACAGAUAAACAAAUUAGUGAAGAGUGAAGCUAUAUUUAUGGAUGAGACUGUUACUGGUAAUUCUUGUCGGGGUUACAGCCUUUGCUAGCGGCUGCAGUUCGUAGUGCACCAAUGACAGUUAAUUUGGUGCUGUAACUUUUGAAUGGUAUAUGUAGCAGGAAAAUUUUGUGGUUAUAAAUCCUCAUAGUUCAGAUCA